GUUCUUUUUAUGGGUGACACUAUAAAAUUGACCACGAGUAAAAUAAUCGAUAUUAUUUUAUUGAUUGAUCGAUAUUAAAGUGUCAUCGUUUAUGAAAAAUAAGGAAGACGAAUGUAGCUGUAAUAAAACUUUGUAAAUUAAACAAACGCAACAUAGUGAUUUUUAUGCGUAACGAUAUCAGACUUGAUUUAAAUCCAUUUAUAAAUACGCAUCAGAAGAAUUGCGAAUUUUACUUAUUGGAUCCAAGAGACCAGUAAAGCUUAUAAUAUGGCUAACUAUAGAAAAGCCGGAAAACCUUCACAAAAUGCGAAGCCUAGUGAAGAAACACUGUUAGUAUUUCAAAAAAUGUGCAAAGAUCAAAGAAUCCUAGCUAAUAAUUUAUCGGAAAUAGAAGCUGAACUGAAUGAACACAACAUUGCAAUUGACACAUUAAAACAUGUAGACCCAAAAAGGAAAUGCUAUGAACUGGCAGGAUCUGUUUUGUGUGAACGUACUGUAGAAAAUGUAAUGCCUGGAUUAAUAAAGAAUAAAGAAGAGCUAGUAAUAGUUAUAGAUGAUUUGACUGAUCAGUUAAGGGAAACAGGAAUUGAAAUAAACGAAUUUAAAAAGAAGCACAACAUUAAAAUCAGAGGACAACAGGAUUUACAACAAGAAGGUGAAGAUUCUAUGAAAGGAAAACGAAGCACAGUCAUUGUUUCCUAAUUUAUUUGCAUUUAAACCACUCUUUAACAUUUAUUCAUUUAACAUUUUUACAAAACAUUCUGUUAAUUAAAGUAAGCCAUAAAAGAGGAAAUAUUAUUUAAAAAAUAUUUUUAUUUGCUAUAAUUACAUUUUUCAUAUAAAAAUGGUAAUUUGAUAUUUCAUCUCUAUGACCUACAUUGUAGGUUCUAGAACUAUACCAAAAAUAAUUUACACACCAGUCAAUAUCAGCACACAUACUCCACAGUCUAAAACCAUAAUCUGCUGCUGAGAACAUUAUAUCUGAAUGUUUACAAUAAAUAUAUAUUUAUUUGAUA